AUUUUGAUGGUUAGAUCAUAUGCUUCCGUUUAUUUUCAAUUUUUUAAUUUUGUAGACUAUAAUAUACUUUUCUCCGACCAAAAAUAAGUAGGGGUAUUUCUGAGUACUUAAUUAUUCAGUUUUGACCUGUGUAAAAUAUUUUUGAGGUUCAAUUUAAUCCUUGACUCUUCAGAGUGCCAACAGUGAAAAGGUCAGAAAAUGAUGAUUAGAUGACAAUAUGAAAAUUUGAAACUUAGGAUGCCACGGAGUAACAUCCCUUAUCGAUCCAUGCGAUACUUUUCAAAUAGACGAUAUACAAGUUUUUCACGUUCACAUCUUAGACCUAGCACUGAUACACUGUCGAGUGAUAACCAACAAGGACACGUGAAUAAUAUUAUAGUGUUUCCAAAAUAUUCAGACACUACCAUAAACUUUGUUAGUAAUGACAGUAAAACUUUGCCCUUUGGAAAUCUGCACAAAAAAAUUAAGGGUCGUAAAAGAAAAGAUAAGCAACGUUUAAAGAAGAAGCAGAUCCUUGAGGUUGAUGUUAAGCCUGUUAUUAAUAAGAUCAAGGCCAAAAAAGGAGAAAGAAUGAAACCUACAUUGAAUAAGCAUAUCAUUUUUCUGUCAGAUUCUGAUAGUGAAAAUCAGGAAAUGCCUAGUUUGGAGAAGUCCUCUGAAAAUUCAGUUUCAAAUAAAACUAAUGAACAUGGAGAUUGUGAUGAAGAUGAUGAUGUUAUAUUUGUGGAAACACCAGCUGCUGAAAUAAUUGAGAUCGAAGAUAGUAUAGAGCCAAAUGAAAACUCUGAGACUUUAGAACAAUCAAAUGAACGAAUCAGUUCACCUGAUGAUUUCUUAGACAAUGCACAUGUAAAUUUAAAAUCCAAGUUUGAUACUGAACCAGAUGUCGCCGAAUUCAAACGUGAUCAAUUUUUGAAACCGUCAUCGGCUCCUGUAGAUAUGUCUGAAUCCGGAAGUAUUUCCAGUGUAUCUGAUGUAAGUGCUUCAGUUGGGAUGAAUGUAUUCAAACUAAUUGACUUUCCACAAGAAAAGGUCAAUUUAUUUGACGAUGAUAAUUUAGAGAAGUUCAGAGAUGCAAUUACACCCAAAAGAUUGAAUAAGAAAGAUGCGAUUAAUGAUGAGGUUCUUAAUACUGAAAAUGAUAAUUUACCAACUUUGUCUGAUAUACAACCUGAGGACCACAACAGAAAACAGAGGGGUCGAUCAAUCAUAAAGGAACUUGUGAAUGAUAGAGCUUUUGUGUUAUUGUCUACGGCACAAAAAAAAAAUAAGAGUAAAAAACGAAAAUCUAAAGAUGAUUCAUCUGAAAUCAUCCAAGAAGACAAGGGCAAUGAUUCUUCAGAGUCGGUUAAAAAAAAGAAAAAGAAGAAAACUAAAAAGAAGGGUUUGGACAAUGAAGAUGAUGGAUAUGAUACACCUAGAAAUAAUGAAAUAGACAAUGAGAAGAGUAAAAGAAAGAAAGAAUUUAAAGAAGUACAUGAAGGUGAUGUUAGUAGAACACUCGUCUCACAAACAAGUCUCUCUGAUUCUUCCAUGUCAGAAAUUUCUGGUAAUACCAAGAAAUCCAAAAAAAAUAAGCACAAAGAUGUAGAAGUAUCUAUAGAAGAAAAUUCAGAAGUCAAAAAAAAGCGAUCUAAAAAGAAUGUGCAAGAAAUUUCUGAUGGAAGCAAUCGGUCUGAAGCUAUGCUGGAUAGUGUUGAAGAUAACCACGAAAGAAAGAAAAAGAAAAAUAAGAAAACAUCUGAAGCAUCUUCUGAGAAUGACUUGGAGCAGAAGAAAUCUGAUCCGGAGGGUGCAGUACAGAGAACUCAAGAAAACAAUGAAGAAAAGAAGAAAAAAAGGAACAGAAAAAAUACCGACGUCUCAAUAAAUGAGGAAAGUGGGGUAGAACCACAACCGACUGAAUCAGAAGAUAAUGAGGAGAGGAAAAAAAAGAAAGUCAGGAGAACAUCUGAAAUAUCUGUAAUGAGUGCCGAAGAAAAGGAAAGUGAAUCGCAUAGCACCGAAUUUAUCGAAGAAAAGAAGAAGAAAAGGAAUAAAAAGAACUUAGUAGGAUCAGACACAGUUCCUAGCAAUACUGAUAUAGAAGAAAAGGAAGUUAUUAAGGAAGAAAAAGAUGCUGAAGAUUUAGCCAAGUGUACUACAACUGACCAGCAGGAGGAAGAGGGUAGAGAUGUCAACGAAGAUAAAAAAAAGAAGAAGACCAAAAAAACCCUUGAAGUUGAAAAAGAACACUUGAGUGAGAUUGACGAAUCAAAAGUUGGAGAUAAAAUAGAAAAUACUAGAGCGGACAUUGAAAUACUUUCGGAGAAUACUGAAAUCAAAAAUUCCGAAACAACAGAAAAAGGAAGCAAGUUAGAUGAACCAACCCAAAUUGUUGAAGAUAAGAAAGAAGCUAUAUGCCAAGAUGUUGAGGUGGCAGAAAUCAUUGAAACUCCUGAGAUCCAGAUUGAUCAACAAUGUGAUUCAAAGCAAAACAUUGAAGUGAAUACUUUACAAAUUGACGAAGAAAAUAUUAACAGUAAAAAAAGAACAAUAGAAAUUACUGAGAAUAAUGCGAAAAAACUAAAACUUGACAAUGAAGUAGAACAAAAAAGAAAGGAAGCUUCGAAAGAAAUACAAAAUAAUGAAGCUACGCCUGGUCUGGAAGAGAAAAACACAGUUGAUAUUACUACUGAUGGUCCGAGAAAAAGAAAACAAGAAACAUCCAUAGCUGAAACUGUUUCCGGUCCAAUUGAAAUUAAAAAAAUGAAAAUGAAUGAAGAGAAUAUAGUGGUGAAUGUUGAAAUUCCUCAAUUGGAAGUUUUGGAACAUGCAGAAGAUGAGAACGUAUUGUUAGAAGAUAUAAAAGAAAAAGUGUUAGAAGACCACGAAGGCACAAAUACAAAUGAAUUGGAAAAUUCUUUGAUUAAUCUUGGUGAAAAAGGGAGUGUAGAUAUUGAGGUGGUCCCAUGUGACAAGUCUUUUGGUGAUUCGUGUGAAAAAGAGUUGAUGGAAUCUCAGGAUUCUGAGUGUCCAAUGGUGGUGGUUGAUAAUGAGGGACAUAUCGAUAUGAAAUUAACAAGUGUCUUUACUUCAGAAAAAUCAAUAUUUGGUGAGGGUAACAAUUUCUCCAAUGACAUAGAAAUUGUUAAUUUUUUGGAUAAGAAUCCCUCUUGGAGUACUCAUCCUUCUAGAUUCUUUUCUUACAAUGGAUCGUUAUUUGAUGGUACAAACACUUUAGAUUCUUCAAUAACUAAUGUUGAUUUAACACAAGAAUGCUCGGAACUUCAAUCCAAUCAAAAUCUAUCAACAAAUAUCAUUUUGGACACAGAAAUAUCAGCCGUUAGUGUGGAAGAAUCGAAUGAAACAAUAAAUGUGAAAAAAGAAAUAAAAGAUAACGAAACUUCUGGAACCAAUGAAGAUGUUAGUCCUAGGGAUGAGGUCGUUGUAAAAGUUGAAAAAGAUGCAGAAAAAUCAAAUUCGAAUGAACCGAUCAAUCCGUGCAAUAAAGAAUUGCCCAAUGAAAUCGAAGAGAUUGUUAAAGAGAAGGACAAUCAUCAAACUGUGAAAAGGCUCUGCGAGUUUCUGGAAGAGGUGACCGAUCCUAACGACAUUUUGAAAAAAGUGUCACUGCUCAAACAGGCCUAUGAAGAAAAAUCUCAUACUACGUCUAGAUCGAACGAGGCCGUUGAAAUUAGUUACGAAAACGAUGAUGUUGUCUCGGUUUCAUCCGGCGGUUCAUCUGUACUCUGCAUCGAUGAUGACGUUUCGGUUGUUAGCAUCGACGAUGACAUAACUUUGGCAAACUGUGAUAUAGUUGAUGUUGAGAAAAAUGAAGAACAAAAUCCUCAAAAUAAGGAUUUGAGUGAGAAAACCAAUGAUACCCUGAAGAAUAAUGACAACAACGAAAUUUCUCAGAAUACCCCCAAACAAAGCGAUGUUGAAAUCGUUAAGGUUACUCGUAAAAAUGACAAAAUCGAAAUGGUUCAGAGCACUCCUAAACGGGUCACUAGGACUGAAAAUAUGCCUAGUACUAGUCGAACUGCGUCAAAUUUCGCAAUUCAAUUUAUAGAAACGCAGCCUUUCCACAAAGGACUUGAUAAAUAUGAAGUAGAAGAUGUUCAAGCUUGUAUGUCAGAUAAUCCAAAGUUGUGGAGAAUUCUAGCGGAAGAUAUACAUCCAAUAAAACUCCCAACUAAAGGAAAAAGAUGUAUAAAAUGUAGAGAAAUAGGUCACUUAAGUUAUAAUUGUCCAAAUAGCCUAAAAUUACCCAAGUGUUCUCUUUGUGGAUAUGAGGGACAUCUUGAUUUUAAAUGUCCCAGAAGGUUAUGCAUUCAGUGCGGAAGGAAAAGUCCAAUCAUGCAAAAUUUUUGUGAACAUUGUAAACACUACAAAAAUCUGACAUGCGCAUCAUGUGGUAAUAGAGGUCAUCCAAAGAAUAAAUGUCCAGAUAUGUGGCGGAGAUAUCACCUUACAGUGAAUCAUGGUCCGCUUGUUCAGGGAGAUGCAAUGAAACUGAAAGAUAAGAAGUAUCUGUGGUGUAGUUCUUGUGCUAAAUGUGGACAUGUUGAGUCUGAUUGUGAUAUGUCAUGGAAGAGAUCCAGGAAUUUCCAACCGUUAGAUCCAAGGAUCCAUUUGUACGAAGACAUAUACAAGAUAAAACCAGUUUUUGACGAACAGGAUUUUGUUCAACCUAAUCUGGACGAAGUUCCACAAACCUCCCAAAAUUUUCUGCGAAACACUGAUACUUCCAGUUCUUGUUCUUCGUCCUCAAAUGAUGCUGGGGAGGAAAAAGUUGAAACUAUUGCCUCGAUAGCACCAAGUGAAACAAAUCAAAGUGUCGACGAAGGAUUACAUGGUUUGUCUCCCGAAUUUGAGAUCAUAGAUGAGGUUAACUCGGAGAAUCAUGAGGUUGUAACGAAUGUGGGAAAUACCGAUACUCUCAACUUCUUCAUGACUUCCACAAUUGAAUCUUUGAAACAAUUCUUGAUUCGAGAAAUUGAACUCCUAGAAAGUAGCAAAUUUCAAAUUAAAAGUUUACAUCAUAGGUUUUUCUCUUUUGUGGAGGACGAUAAGUUACCAGUACAUAAAUACAAGUUCAAGGUUGAAAAGAAAGAGAAAUUUUACAAAUCUCUCAACAUGCUGCUUUUUGGGAAACUCCAAGUGAAAUGUGGUAGGGUCCACAAGGAUAAAUUGAAACAUUUUGUCAAUUCCACCCCUGGCACUCUCACAAGAGAGGCUAGAGAAUCUCUGGUUUACUCCUAUGACUACAUCUUCAGGAAUUCACCACACAAAAAUGUAAACUACAAGUUCUUCUUGAAGAUGAUCAGGAAAAAAUAUGGAAAUCAAAAAUGGUUAUAUUGAAUGGGAAUUCAAUUUAUUGUUACUUGUUACAAUUUUUUUUGUCCAAUGUGAUUCAUACAUUAAAGCAGAUUAAUUUUUUAUGUAAAA